AUGGAAGGAGGUCCAGAGCGGGACCCGGCGCGCUCGAAUUGUUCGGCUCCACCAGCAAAUGGCGCCUUGGAAGCCAAAAUCGACGAUCUCCGGCAGCUGUUCGGGAAAGCCGACGGCGACCCGCUGAGGAUUACCGGCGUUGGCGCCGGGGCAUGGGGCAGCGUUUUCACCGCAAUGCUGCAGGACGCGUACGGGAUGUAUCGGGACAAGGUCCAGAUCAGGAUAUGGAGGCGGGCGGGUCGCUCUGUGGACCGGCCCACGGCCCAGCACCUGUUCGAGGUGAUCAACUCGAGGGAGGAGGUGUUGAGGAGGCUGAUAAGGCGGUGCGCGUACUUGAAGUACGUGGAGGGAAGGUUGGGCGACCGUGUUCUGUACGCGGACGAGAUUUUGAGGGAUGGGUUUUGCCUAAAUAUGAUCGAGACCCCGCUUUGCCCACUGAAGGUGGUGACUAGUUUGCAGGAGGCAGUUUGGGAUGCGGAUAUUGUGGUCAACGGGCUGCCCUCAACCGAGACCCAGGAGGUGUUUGAGGAGAUCAAUAGGUACUGGAAGGAGAGGAUUAGUUCCCCAGUUAUUAUUUCAUUGGCCAAGGGGAUCGAGGCUGAGCUGCAGCCCGAGCCGAGAAUAGUUACCCCAACUCAGAUGAUCAGCCGGGCGACUGGGAUUCCCAUGGAGAACAUUCUCUAUCUUGGAGGACCUAAUAUUGCAUCAGAAAUCUACAACAGAGAAUAUGCAAAUGCUCGAAUUUGUGGAGCUGAAAAAUGGAGGAAACCACUGGCCAGGUUCCUGAGACAGCCGCAUUUUGUUGUUUGGGAUAACGGUGACCUCGUCACUCAUGAAGUAAUGGGGGGUCUUAAAAAUGUGUAUGCAAUUGGGGCCGGGAUGGUAGCAGCACUAACUAACGAGAGUGCGACUAGCAAAUCCGUAUAUUUUGCUCACUGCACAUCAGAGAUGAUUUUUAUUACCCAUCUUUUAGCUGAGGAACCUGAGAAGCUUGCAGGACCCCUUUUAGCGGACACAUACGUGACCUUGUUGAAAGGUCGUAAUGCGUGGUACGGUCUCAAGUUGGCCAAAGGGGAAAUAAACCUUGAUAUGGGUGACAGCAUCAAAGGCAAGGGCAUGAUUCAGGGUAUUUCUGCUGUUAAAGCUUUUUACGAGUUGCUGAGUCAGUCUCAUAUGAAGAAUGUUUCGCAACCCAACGAAAAUAAUCACAUUGCGCCAGUCGAGCUAUGUCCGAUCUUGAAAAUGCUGUAUAAAAUACUGAUUCUGAGGGAGAUGCCACCUGAGGGAAUUCUUCAAGCCUUGAGAGACGAGACCAUGAAUGACCCACGAGAACGGAUUGAAAUUGCACAAAGCUACGCCAUCUAUAAACCUUCUCUGCUUAUAAAAUAG